UUAUAAGAUACAAAAAUAAAGAAAAAAAUUAGAAACAAUUAUGUCUUUGUUUCCUUCUCCGUAGGCCAUAGAGAAAUAGGAUCAAGCAAAUAGUAGAAACCAAAACAAAACAAAAGUCUUCAUAAAUGGAUUUUUGUGUUAAAUAUCCUUUUACACCUUUUCUUUCUCGAAUCCUCAGCUCAUCUUGUCGACACACAUUCCUGUUCCAGAAAUCUCAACAACAGUUACUCUCUCAUCAGAUUCACUUUUUCUAAGAUUAAGUAUUAAGUACUAUAUAAUAUAGACACAUUAAGGAGAGAGUAAAUCACAAAAUUGAGGUGUUGAUGGGGCAUUUUUCUUCUAUGUUCAAUGGUUUAGCAAGAUCAUUUUCACUAAAGAAAGGAAGAAAUUCUGUGAGAUGUGAAAGGAGAGAAGCUGUUGAAGAAAUGGCUAAAGAAGCUAAGAAAAAUGAUUUGAUUUUAUGUAGCUCUGGCACGGUUAAUGUUGAUGGUUCAAACAAUUUUGCCUCAGUUUUCUCCAAAAGAGGCCAGAAAGGAACCAACCAAGAUUGUUGCAUGGUGUGGGAGGAAUUUGGAUGCCAAGAGGACAUGAUAUUUUGUGGGAUAUUUGAUGGACAUGGUCCAUGGGGUCAUUUUGUGGCCAAAAGAGUAAGAGAGUCAAUGCCAAGAUCUUUGCUAUGCAAUUGGCAAGAAACACUUGCUGCACAAUCUUCAUCACUUGAUGAUAAUGUAAAAGAUAUUGAUCAAGUAAAAGCAGCUGCAGACAACAAACAACAAAGAUUCAAUAUUUGGAAACACUCUUACUUGAAAACUUGUGCUUCCAUCGAUCAAGAACUUGAGCAUUGUCGAAAGUUUGACUCCUUUUACAGCGGAACAACUGCCCUCUCAAUUGUUAGACAGGGUGAAACAGUUUUCAUAGCAAAUGUUGGCGAUUCUCGUGCAGUAUUAGCUACAACUUCAGACGAUGGAAGUUUAGUUGCAGUUCAGCUAACGAUCGAUUUCAAGCCAAAUUUACCUCAAGAGGCAGAGAGAAUAACUCAGUGUCAAGGGCGUGUGUUCUGUUUAGAAGAUGAACCUGGUGUGCAUAGGGUAUGGUUACCAGAUGUUGAGUCUCCAGGACUUGCCAUGUCAAGGGCUUUUGGAGAUUAUUGUAUUAAACAAUAUGGUCUUAUUUCAGUGCCUGAGGUAACUCAGAGGAAUAUAAGCAGUAAUGAUCAGUUUGUUGUGCUUGCUUCUGAUGGGGUUUGGGAUGUGAUCUCUAACCAAGAAGCAGUAGAUAUUAUAUCUUCAACAGCAGAUAAAGCAAAAUCAGCUAAACGUUUGGUGGAAUGUGCAGUGCAUGCAUGGAAACGCAAGAGGAGGGGCAUUGCCAUUGAUGAUAUUUCAGCAAUUUGUCUCUUUUUUCACUCUUCUUCUCUUUCCUCUGACCAAGUUAGCCCAAUUACGCGCUAAGGGAGUAGGCGAGUGGGAUGAGAAAAUUUCUAAAAUGAUGGGCUAGAAAAGCCCUGUUUGAUGAUAUUGGGUUGAUGUAACUUUGCUUGGUCCAUUAAGGUAGCUAGAAUGAUAAAAGCAAUUGCAAUGUCCUCUUAUUUUUCUAUCAUCUUUUUAUUUCA